AUGGCGGCGGUGGAGGAAGCACAACAUCAGCCUACAAAUCCGAAAGAAGCGCCGAAUACCACGCCCGAGACGGAGGGUAAGAGCUCGAGUAUACACACGAAAGUCCUGCGGAGAGCUUGUGACUGCUGUCGGAAGAGAAAGGUUCGCUGUGAUGGAGCAGAGCCUUGCGGACCAUGUAAGAAGGCGACGAUAAGAUGUGCAUACCUACAGCCGCCGAAGAAGAAGGGCCCCAAAGGCUUGCGAAGUGCCAAAGUGCUGCAUGCGCUGCGACGGAUAGAUGAUACUGCCAAUGGGAGUCCCACAAGUCCACUGAGCCCGGAGCAGAGUGGCGGUGCGUUUGGGAAUUGGGGCUGGUCGAGUGCAACGACUUCGGCAGGAAACAUGCAGGCCAGUGCUGCGUAUGGAGUGCCUACGAGUGUGCUGCCCGAGCAUCAGUACUACCAGCAAGGCAUGACAUCGAUACCUGCACCUAUGCAGAUUGCACCCGACCCUCCGCAAUUGUACCGGUCAGAUACCGACUCUUCAGCAUGGCAAUCAAAUCCCCAGUCCAUGCCAACAGUAUCGAUACCUACCAUAUCUCUCAAAUCAGAGCCAUCUCCGGCUUGCGCGCUAUCGGAUCGACUACCAGGCGAUCAAUUCAUGCCCUACGUACAGCUCUUCUUCACUCACAUGUUUCCGAUCAUGCCCAUCAUCGACCAUGGCAUAUAUCUCGACCCACGACUAUAUGCCGAUAUGAAUGCUCUCGGUCCGGAUGUAUACUGUUUUCUUUGUGCUUUGUGUGCUGCGACUGUUGUGCAACUGGAUGCUUCGAUACCACAGCCGGCAUCGUUACAUCCGAACAAGAGUGCCGAUGAUCUGUUCGUGGAGGAGUGUCUGCGAGAACGAGCUAGCUACGACUUUGUGUCAGAGUCGCAGACAUUAUCAUGCAUGACUUCAUUCUUUCUGUUCGCAUAUCACGGGAAUCAUGAGAACAACGGAAAAGCUUGGUACUAUCUCCAGGAAGCCAUCACUUUUUCACAGAACUUAAACAUGGAUGACGAGCAGACGUAUGGGAAGCACGAUCCGACAGAUGCACAAUGGCGGAGAAGGUUAUAUUGGUUGCUAUUCGUGACCGAGCGAGCAUAUGCUGUGCAGCGGCGGAAGCACACUCGACUGCACGCAAGCGUGAAUUUGCCAGCUGUAUUCGAGAGCGAGGAUCCCCAUCUACUGAAUGGCUUCGUCAAUCUGGCGAAUUUGUUCUCUGCCGUGGACGAUAGCUUUGUGAGCGCGUGGAGAGGUGCAAGACGGCAGAGCUUGUGUAAUGAGGCCUGGCUUGCCAACACACAGAAGCAGCUUGACGCGGCUGCACUAGCACUGGACAAUGUCACGGAGACGCAGCAUCUUGAUAUUAGUGUCACACGGGCAUGGCUGCAAGUGCUUUCGUGGCAGAUGGGCGUGUCUAAUGGUUUGAUAUGGGGCAAGGGUGAGCCUGGUAUGAGAUUGGACUAUCCGAUAGCUAUGGCUAGGAAGGUGUGCGAGAUCACAAGUGGCGCCAAUGCUUCAGCGCUGGAUUCGCACGGCAUCGGGAUGGAGCAGAAACUAUCAGACAUAGCAGGGUGCCUCGCAGACGUCCUCCGCUGCACCGCCGAUGACACGAGCCCCACCUUCCUCGAGGGCAAACAGUACCUCAACAUGCUCCUCGGCAAGCUCUCCGACAUGCGCGGCAGAGAGUCACGAUAUCUGGCACCUCUCAUGAGUAAAUGCCAGGGCCUUAUGGGCUUCGAGCUGAGCACGCAGAACUUAUCUCUACCGACCGACAGCGCGGUGAGCAGUUUCGCGCCUCCUUCGUCGUGCGAGUGGCUGUCUGCAGGCAGGAAGUUCAGUAUGGCAGAUUCCCUCGGUAUGCUCAGGACGUUGUCCAUGUCGGGUAACUUGGGUAUGCCGGCGCUUAUGGUGCCCAUGGAGGAUUGGCAGCAGAGGAGACCGAGUGGGAGGGUGUACGAUGAGGCUGAGACGAAUGCGAUGAAUGGUUGGCAGCAGCAUGUUGCUGGGACUGCUCAGGCUGUAUGA